CCUUGCAUCUGCAGCUGCCUUGUGGUCUUCUGAGGUCCUAAAUAAUAAUUGGGAGGAUUUCGUAAUUAGGGUUUUGAUCGCUACCUAGCGAGCGAUUGUCCACGUUGUGCAGCUGCAGAUCGAACCAAUGGCGCGCUCGCACGGCUUGCGCCUCGCACGCCGCUCCGUUUCGUCUCUGCUGCUGCACAAUUCGCCCUCACAUCUGUGUGAUUCGUUGACUAAGGAAGGUUACAGGAGCUUCAGUAUCGCGAUGUGCAAUCAAUCUAGGGUUUUUUCUAACUCCAAAUUCCGAGAUGUAGGUAAAGAGAGUUGUUGGUUGAAUCUAGGAUUAUUCCGUGAAGUUCUGGGGGCUGCUCGAGCAAUCCAUAGCACUGCUCAAUUAUUUAGAGAUUAUUAUGAUGUGCUUGGUGUCAGUAACAGUGCAACUGCUUCUGAAAUCAAGAAAGCUUAUUAUGGGCUUGCAAAAAAGUUGCAUCCAGAUACCAAUAAAGAUGACCCUGAAGCUGAAAAAAAAUUUCAAGAAGUUCAGAAGGCUUAUGAGGUACUGAAAGAUGAUGAAAAGCGCCAGCAAUAUGAUCAGCUUGGCCAUGAAGCUUUUGAACGUGUUGGUAAUGGUGAAGGUCCUGGGUUUGAUCCUUUUGGAGGUGGUUUUAAUCCUUUCCAAGACAUCUUUAAGAAUGAUAUUUUCGACAUCUUCAACAGGGACACAGGCGGUGAAGAUGUCAAGGUUUCUGUUGAACUUUCCUUUAUGGAAGCUAUCCAGGGAUGCACCAAAACAAUUUCAGUUUUGACUGAUUUGGCUUGCGAUACUUGUGGUGGAACUGGUUUUCCUCCUGGGACUAGGCCUGAAACUUGUAAGAGAUGUAGAGGUUCUGGUGUUAUGACAUCACAAAAUGGUCCCUUCACACUCCAGUCUACUUGUCCAAAUUGUGGCGGAACUGGAAAAAUAGUCUCGAGCUGGUGCAAGUCUUGCAGGGGUAAGCGGGUAAUGAAAGGGACAAAAAUGGUGAAGUUGAAUGUGGUGGCAGGGGUUGAUAACGAUGAAACUAUUAAGAUUCCCAGAAGUGGUGGAGCAGAUCCUGAUGGAAACAGGCCUGGUGAUCUCUAUGUUACAGUCAAGGUCAGAGAAGACCCAGUAUUUCGUAGAGAAAGAGCUGACAUUCAUGUCGACGCAGUAAUAACCAUAGCUCAGGCAACUCUUGGAGGUACAAUACAGGUGCCGACGCUGUCAGGGGAUGUCGUUGUUAAGGUCCGGCCAGGCACUCAACCAGGCCAAAAGGUUGUCUUGAAGAAGAAAGGACUCAAAGUCAGGAACACCUUUUCAUUCGGCGAUCAGUAUGUACACUUCAACGUCAGGAUUCCAACAACUCUGACACCACGGCAGCGCCAGCUGAUCGAAGAGUUCUCGAAAGAAGAUCGCGUAGAAGACGAAAGAAUGGAUGCAGCAGCAAAUGCUUAAUUUGAUGCAGGUGAAAUUUUUGGUUGAGCAAAAUUCUUGCUUGGUUUUUGUUAUGUAGUAUAUUUAGUUAAAAAGAAGAUAUAUUUUUCAGUGGUAGACAAACUUAAAGCUGAAGAUGAUAUUUAUGCUUUGAUGGAAAAUUUUGGUUCAACGAUUAUUCCCCUAUGUUUUGUCAUGUAAUAAUAUAUUUAAUUCACUAGGAAAAAGAAAAUUGCAUA